AUGACUACUCCUGUUGCACCAAUUACUCCUCCUAUGGAGACCACUGGUGAUCGUCUAGUAACGUUGGAAUUAAAGGAUGGUACCACCUUACAAGGUUACUCCUUUGGUGCCGAGAAACCAGUUGCCGGUGAAUUGGUUUUCCAAACUGGUAUGGUCGGUUACCCAGAGUCCAUCACUGAUCCUUCUUAUGAAGGUCAAAUCUUAGUCAUUACUUACCCUUUAGUCGGUAAUUAUGGUGUCCCAGAUUUCAACUUGAGGGACGAAUUUAUUGAAUCUCUUCCAAGAUACUUUGAAAGUAACAGAAUUCAUGUUGCAGGUUUGGUGAUUUCUCAUUAUACUGAAGACUACUCUCAUUACCUUGCAGAAUCUUCUCUAGGACAGUGGUUGAAGAGAGAAGGUGUCCCAGCCGUCUAUGGUAUUGACACCAGAGCUUUGACCAAACACUUGAGAAACUGUGGUUCCAUGCUUGGUAGACUAGCUUUGCAGGAAGCUUCUGCCAAGCUAGAGGUUGCUACUUCUGAAUCAUGGAAAUCCGUAUUUGAUGUCCCUGAAUGGGUCAACCCUAACGUGGAAAACUUGGUUGCUAAGGUUUCUUUGAAGGAACCAAAACUUUUCACACCACCAUCUGACAACAAAUACGUUGAAGUUAAAAAAGGUGCGGAUGGUAAGACUAUUAGAAUUCUUGCUAUUGAUGUUGGUAUGAAAUAUAACCAAAUCAGGUGUUUCGUCAAGAGAGGUGUGGAAUUAUUAGUUGUUCCUUGGGAUUACGAUUUCACAAAAGAAGACUACGAUGGUUUAUUCAUUUCUAAUGGUCCAGGUGAUCCAUCUGUGUUGAAUGAUUUAGCAAACAGACUGUCCAAGGCAUUGGAGAAGAAGAAAACUCCAAUUUUUGGUAUUUGUUUAGGUCAUCAACUUUUGGCUAGAGCUUCUGGUGCUUCAACAUUGAAAUUGAAAUUCGGUAACCGUGGCCACAAUAUUCCAUGUACUUCUACAAUCAGUGGUCGUUGUUAUAUUACUUCACAAAACCAUGGUUAUGCUGUUGAUGUUGAUACACUAACGCCAGGUUGGAAACCAUUAUUUGUUAACGCAAAUGAUGAUUCUAAUGAAGGUAUUUAUCACACUGAGUUACCAUAUUUUUCGGUGCAAUUCCACCCUGAAUCUACUCCAGGUCCAAGAGAUACCGAAUUUUUAUUCGACGUCUUCAUUAAUGCCGUUUUAGAACACAAGAAUUCCGGUGUUUUGAAGCCAGUUGAAUUUCCAGGCGGAAAAAUUGAGAACAAUAGAAAAGAAAACCCUAGGGUCGAAGCCAAGAAAGUUUUGGUUUUGGGUUCUGGUGGUCUGUCUAUUGGUCAAGCAGGUGAAUUUGACUACUCUGGUUCUCAAGCCAUCAAAGCCUUGAAGGAAGAAGGUAUCUACACUAUAUUGAUUAACCCAAAUAUUGCUACCAUUCAAACCUCUAAGGGUCUUGCCGACAAAGUUUACUUCUUGCCUGUCACUGCCGAGUUUGUCAGAAAAGUUAUUCUUCAUGAAAGGCCGGACGCUAUUUACGUUACUUUCGGUGGUCAAACAGCUUUAUCUGUCGGUAUCGAAAUGAAGGAUGAAUUUGAAAGCUUAGGUGUUAAAGUUUUAGGUACCCCAAUUGAUACCAUCAUCACUACUGAAGAUCGUGAAUUGUUUGCUAAUGCAAUCGAUGAAAUCGAUGAAAAGUGUGCCAAAUCUCAGGCUGCAAACUCUGUAGAAGAAGCUUUGGCUGCUGUCAAAGAUAUUGGAUUCCCAGUUAUUGUGCGUGCCGCUUAUGCACUUGGUGGUUUAGGUUCUGGUUUUGCCAACAACGAACAAGAAUUGAUUGACCUAUGUAAUGUUGCUUUUGCUUCUUCUCCUCAAGUUCUUGUCGAAAGAUCGAUGAAGGGUUGGAAAGAAGUUGAAUAUGAAGUUGUUCGUGAUGCAUUUGAUAACUGUAUCACUGUCUGUAACAUGGAAAACUUCGAUCCUCUGGGUAUUCACACUGGUGAUUCUAUCGUUGUUGCACCAUCCCAGACUCUUUCUGAUGAAGAUUACAAUAUGCUAAGAACCACUGCUGUUAAUGUUAUUAGACACUUGGGUGUUGUUGGUGAAUGUAACAUUCAAUAUGCCCUAAAUCCGUUCUCUAAAGAGUACUGUAUUAUUGAAGUUAAUGCACGUUUAUCUCGUUCUUCUGCUCUUGCCUCUAAGGCAACUGGUUACCCAUUAGCUUACACAGCUGCCAAGUUAGGUUUGAAUAUUCCUUUGAAUGAGGUAAAAAACUCCGUCACAAAGUCUACUUGUGCUUGUUUUGAACCUUCCUUAGAUUACUGUGUUGUUAAAAUGCCAAGAUGGGAUUUGAAGAAAUUUACAAGAGUAUCCACCGAGUUGUCUUCUUCUAUGAAAUCUGUUGGUGAGGUUAUGAGUAUUGGUAGAACCUUUGAAGAAGCCAUCCAAAAAGCUAUCAGAUCAACUGAGUAUUCUAAUUUGGGUUUCAAUGCUACCGACCUAGAAAUAGACAUCGACUACGAAUUACAAAAUCCAUCCGAUUUACGUAUUUUUGCUAUUGCGAACGCAUUCGAUAAGUUGGGUUACUCAGUUGAAAAGGUAUGGGAAAUGACCAACAUUGACAAAUGGUUCUUGAACAAGCUAUACGAUCUGGUUAAAUUUGCCUCUAAGGUCAGCUCAUGUGGCGGAAUUGAGGGUUUAAGCCCAACUGUUUUGAGACAGGCUAAGCAACUUGGUUUUGAUGAUAGACAAAUUGCCUCUUUCACUAGUUCUAACGAAGUUGCUAUCCGUCGUCUAAGAAAGGACUAUGGUAUAAUUCCAUUUGUAAAGCAAAUCGACACAGUUGCUGCUGAGUUCCCAGCUUACACAAAUUAUUUGUACAUGACUUACAAUGCUGCUGAGCACGAUGUCGAAUUUAACGACCAUGGUGUUAUGGUUCUAGGUUCUGGUGUAUACCGUAUUGGUUCUUCAGUUGAAUUUGAUUGGUGUGCUGUUACCGCGGUAAGAACACUACGCGCAAACAACAUUAAGACUAUUAUGAUCAACUACAACCCAGAAACUGUUUCAACUGAUUAUGACGAGGCUGACAGGCUUUACUUUGAAACAAUCAACCUUGAAAGGGUUUUGGAUAUCUACGAAGCUGAAGCAUCAAACGGUGUUGUUGUUUCAAUGGGUGGUCAAACCUCCAAUAACAUUGCCAUGUCAUUGCACCGUGAAAAUGUAAAGAUUCUAGGUACUUCUCCAGAUAUGAUUGAUUCUGCAGAAAACCGUUACAAAUUCUCACGUAUGUUGGAUCAGAUUGGUGUUGAUCAACCAGCUUGGAAAGAACUAACCUCAAUGGAUGAAGCUGAAGAUUUUGCCGAGAAAGUGGGUUACCCAGUUUUAGUCCGUCCUUCAUACGUGCUAUCUGGUGCUGCCAUGAACACUGUCUACUCAAAGAACGAUUUGGAAUCUUACUUGAACCAAGCUGUAGAAGUUUCUCGUGAUUAUCCUGUUGUCAUUACGAAGUAUAUUGAAAAUGCUAAGGAAAUCGAAAUGGAUGCGGUUGCCCGUAAUGGUGAACUGGUUAUGCAUGUUGUUUCCGAACACGUUGAGAACGCUGGUGUUCAUUCAGGUGAUGCUACCUUGAUUGUUCCACCUCAAGAUCUGGCACCCGAAACAGUCGACAGAAUUGUUGUUGCUACCGCAAAGAUUGGUAAAGCUCUGAAGAUCACAGGUCCAUACAACAUUCAAUUUAUUGCUAAGGACAAUGAAAUUAAGGUCAUCGAAUGUAAUGUGCGUGCUUCACGUUCUUUCCCAUUUAUCUCUAAGGUUGUAGGCGUAAACUUGAUCGAACUUGCAACAAAAGCCAUCAUGGGCUUGCCUUUUGCUCCAUACCCAGUUGAAAAGCUACCUGAUGACUAUGUUGCUGUUAAGGUACCACAAUUCUCUUUCCCAAGAUUGGCUGGUGCUGAUCCAGUUUUGGGUGUUGAAAUGGCAUCCACUGGUGAAGUUGCUACUUUUGGUCAUUCAAAGCACGAAGCUUACCUAAAAUCUUUACUAGCAACAGGAUUUAAACUACCAAAGAAGAAUAUCUUGUUAUCAGUCGGGUCCUACAAGGAAAAGAUUGAAUUAUUGCCCUCUGUUCAAAAGCUGUAUAAUAUGGGUUACAAACUAUUCGCCACUGCUGGUACAGCUGAUUUCUUGACAGAACAUGGUUUGUCAGUACAGUAUUUAGAAGUCUUGAAUGAAGAUGAACCUGAAAAGAAAGAAUACUCCUUAACUCAACAUUUGGCUAAUAAUGAAAUCGAUCUAUAUAUCAACCUCCCAUCUGCAAACAGAUUCCGUCGUCCUGCGUCUUAUGUUUCUAAAGGUUACAGAACCCGUCGUAUGGCUGUUGAUUACUCUGUUCCUUUGGUUACUAACGUUAAGUGUGCAAAGCUGCUAGUCGAAGCUUUAGCACAAAACAUUUCCUUAAAUGUUUCUGAACGUGAUGCCCAAACUUCUCAUAGAACUGUAACAAUCCCUGGUUUGAUCAAUAUUACCACAUAUGUACCAAACAUUACCAAUGUUGUGGAAGGACCUGCAGAACUAAAGGAAACUACUCGUUUAUUCUUGGAAUCUGGUUUCUCAUAUUGUCAAAUUAUGCCAAGAGCGUCAAGGGGCCCUGUUAUCAAUGACGCAGCAUCUAUCAAAGUAGCUACCUCUGUCUCAAAUAAUAGCUGUCACACUGACUUUGCAUUUACUAUAGCUGGGACUGCGCAUAACGCCCAACAAAUAGCACAAUCUGCUGAUAAAGCAAAUGCCUUAUACCUACCUCUGCAUGAAUUGAAGAACAAGGUUUCAACUAUAUCUGAGCUUCUAAGUAACUGGCCUUCUAACAAGCAAGUCAUUACUGAGGCCAAGACCUCAGAUCUAGCUUCUGUUCUUUUGUUAGCAUCAUUGCAGAACCGUUCAAUUCAUAUAACCGGUGUCUCCAAAAAGGAAGACUUGUCUUUGAUUAUGACUGUCAAAGAAAAAGAUCCUAAGGUCACUUGUGACAUUAAUGUGUACUCUCUAUUUGUUACACAGGAGCAAUGGCCAGAAGCUAUGUUCUUACCAACUGAGGAAGACCAAGAAUUUUUCUGGAAGAAUUUGAGUGCUAUUGAUGCAUUUAGUAUUGGCUCUGUUCCUACUCAAUUGGCUGAAAUAACUGGCAACAAGGUUGAGGUUGGUUUAGGUAUCAAAGAUGCUCUACCAUUAUUACUAUCUGCUGUUGAAGAAGGUAAGCUAACUGUUGAUGAUAUUGUUGAAAAAUUACAUGAUAAUCCAGCCAAAAUAUUCAACAUUCCAACUCAAAACUCUCUUGUGGAAUUAGAUCUUGAUUUCUCCUUUGCAAGUAAGAAGAGAUGGACUCCUCAUUCUAACACUUCCUUAAGAGGUGGUAUUGAAAGAGUUGUUGUGAAUGAUGAAACACUAGUUUUAAGUGGUGAACUUGUUGCCACAGAGCCCAAGGGUACCCUAAAAAUGAAGAGUGAAUUGGUUCAAGCUUCAGUUGAGAAUGCCCCAGCCAUUCAAUCUACCGGUAGAAGAAUGACAAUUCAUGACGACAAACUAAUGGAUGUAGACUCUGCUGAAAACUCCAUCCCUGAUGCUCCUAUCCAGCAGAAACUAAUGUCUUCUAAACCUCCAAGAGAAUUAACUGCCCCAAGUGCACUACAAAACCUAAUCAGAGGAAAUAAUCCUUUCCAGGGUAGACAUAUCUUAUCUAUCAAACAAUUCUCUCGUGCUGAUUUCCAUGCUUUGUUUGCUGUUGCCCAGGAAUUAAGAGCUGCUGUUGCACGUGAAGGUGUUUUGGACUUGAUGAAGGGUCACAUUAUCACAACCAUCUUCUAUGAACCAUCCACUCGUACAUGCUCUUCUUUUAUUGCCGCCAUGGAACGUUUGGGUGGUAGAGUUGUGAACAUCAAUCCAAAUGUAUCAUCGGUAAAGAAGGGUGAAACCUUACAAGACACUAUUAGAACAUUAGCGUGCUAUACUGAUGCUAUUGUGAUGCGUCAUUCUGAAGAGAUGUCAGUUCACAUAGCCGCUAAAUACUCGCCAGUACCAAUUAUCAAUGGUGGUAAUGGUUCUCGUGAACAUCCUACUCAGGCAUUCCUUGACCUGUUUACUAUUCGUGAAGAAAUUGGUACAGUUAAUGGUAUCACAGUAACAUUUAUGGGUGACUUGAAACAUGGUAGAACUGUUCAUUCUCUAUGUCGUCUACUAAUGCAUUACCAAAUCAGAAUCAAUCUUGUCUCUCCUCCCGAGUUAAGACUUCCUGAAUCUUUAAGAGAAGAAUUGAACAGUAAGGGCCAACUAGGUGUCGAGAGUGUUGCUUUGACUCCAGAAAUAAUUUCCAAGUCUGAUGUCUUGUAUUGUACUCGUGUGCAAGAAGAAAGAUUCAAGAGUACUGAAGAAUACGAACGUCUAAAGGACUUCUAUAUUGUCGACAACAAGAUCUUAUCCCAUGCCAAACAAAACAUGGCCGUUAUGCACCCUCUACCUCGUGUAAACGAAAUUAAGGAAGAAGUUGACUAUGACCAUCGUGCUGCAUACUUUAGAGAAAUGAAAUAUGGUCUGUACGUCAGAAUGGCCUUGUUAGCUAUGGUUCUUGGUGUCAAUAACUAA